GAUGCAGUCAUCUCUACCCUGGCUGUUAUGAAUGCAUCAGUUGAUCCUCUGAGCCAAGAGGAAUGGGAGGUACUGCAGGAGGCAUGCACUGUUCUGGAGCCAUUCGAGCAGGUCACUGUGGAGAUCAGUGCAGACAGCUAUGUCACAGCCUCCAAAAUGUUAAUCCUCUGCAAAGGUGUGCAGAGAGUGACAGCUGAGCACCAGACCAGAGUAACGACAGGGAAAGUGACAGAGUUAGUGGCUGCUCUCUGUGCAUCCAUGGACAGAAAGUUCCACAGAAUUGAGUAUAACCCUAUUCUCUCAGAAUCCACCGUUCUUGACCCAAGAUUCAAGAAGCUGGCCUUUCAUGAUAACAGAGCGGUUGAUGAAGCUCUCCAGAGAGUAACUGCAGCAGCAGCAAGGUCCGGGCAGCCAACUUCACUGCCAGAGGGCCAAGAGGGAGAAGAAGCAGCAGAGCACGAGGAGCCACAAGCAUCUGCUGUUUGGAGGUUCUUUGAAGAACGUGCAAGUGGCGACACUACAAGAAGGAAUCCUUCAGCAGAUUCGAUUCUGGAAGUGAGAUCCUACCUUGAGGAGCCCCUUUUCCAGAGAAGUGCAGACCCACUGAGCUGGUGGGAGACCAAGGCUUCAGUGUACCCACGCCUUACUUGUGUGAUGGCACGGAGACUAUGCAUUGUAGCAACGUCAGUCCCCUCAGAGAGAAUCUUCUCCAAAACAGGGCAGAUCAUUACAGAGAGAAGAAACAGGAUCAGCCCCUCAAAGCUGAGGCACUUGAUCUUUCUCAAUGCAAACCUUCACUGAAGGACAAAACUGCUGAUUUUUUUUCUUUUUGUUUUACACAUUUUAAUUUAUAUUUUGUUGUGUGACUCUGUAAGCUUCUGUAUGUUUCACUUUAAAUUUGUUCAGUAUUAAAAAGCUAAAAGUUUUAAAUAGUUAAAAGUUAGUUAAGUUCAUUUGGAAAUAGUUAAACGUUUGUUUUUGCACUUUCUAAUUAUCAUUUGUUAUCACUCUGUAGAGUGUACAUAAAAGUGUAUUUAUAUAAUAAACAUUUGAUAUAGUGCAUUAGUAAUUCAUAUUGUGCAUCAUUUUACAUUAUUGUUGGUAAUAAAUUAAUUUAAGCACCCAAAAAUCUGAAGAGCCAUUUGGGAGCCGAAAGAGCCGGCUCUUUUUAGUGAGCCGAGCCAAAAGAGCCGGUUCACUAAAAAGAGCCGGAAUUCCCAUCACUACCUCCUUGUGUGCCGCCCUCCUGUGUGAUUGCAGACCCCGCCCUCAUUGUUUCCACCUGUGCCUCAUUACCUUCGCAUUGAAAAUGCGGAAGGUUAUGUUUUGAUCGCCGUGUAUUUAUUUAUUUGUAUGCGUGUUAUUCGCAUAACUAAAAAAGUAUUGAACCGAAUCGCAUGAAAUU